AUGCAGAUCCACGUUGGAGGGCAGGCUUCUGGUGAUGCGGGUCAUCGCCAGCACCAUAAAAAUGUGCAGCACCAUCCACAUCAACAACCACCAACAGCAGCUGCUAAUGCUGGCAGAAAGCAGCAGCACACUGAACAGGUGCAGGGUAAUGGGCAAGGUUCUGACGAUGCUGGACAUCGCCAGCAUCAGAUACCUGUGCAGCAACAGCCCCAGCAGCCCCCGGCCACCAACAUGAUCAAUAAGCCGCACACGUCCGAACAACCACAUGCCCCAUGCCGAGGCGGGGCUCGUGCGAAGAAGAAGAGGAAAGGAGGCAAGCCGACUUGCUCUUAACUUCCGUAUUGUGAUCUG